GGUACAGUUGCUAAGUAACACUUCCUGUGCGUUGAACGUGUAGAAAAGUAAAUAACGCCGAAAACAUGGUGCAUUAAUUGGGAUUAUUGGUGAACCGGCAAGAAUUUCCCGCGUGAAAAUAGUCUUACCUUUGAGAACUGUUGAUUUAUCGGCAAAAUCAUGACCCUGACAACGAUUAAAGACGGCGAAUACACUGCCACUGUCUACAAAAUGGUGAGAAGUUGCUCGCUUGUAUAGCUAACGUUACAUGCCAUGGAUACUAACGCUAGCCAUGAUAGCUAGCAAGCUAAUGAAACUGGUUAUUUGAACUUGUGGUAUUCGUAUAGCUAGCUAACGUUACAAUACGAAUUAACAAAUUGGGGCUUUAACAAGCUAGCUAACUUUGAUUAAGCUAGCCUGACAGACCCUUAUAUUUCAAGGCUCAGGCUAUAGGCUAUUUUUAUUUUAUUUAUUUCACCUUUAUUUAACCAGGUAAGCUAGUUGAGAACAAGUUCUCAUUUACAACUGCAACCUGGCCAAGAUAAAGCAAAGCAGUGCGAUAAAAACAACACAGAGUUACAUAUGGGGUAAAAAAACAUAAAGUCAAAAAUACAACAGAAAAUAUAUAUACAGUGUGUGCAAAUGUAGCAAGUUAUGGAGGUAAGGCAAUAAAUAGGCUAUAGUGCAAAAUAAUUACAAUAGUAUUAACACUGGAAUGCUAGAUGUGCAAGAGAUUAUGUGCAAAUAGAGAUACUGGGGUGCAAAAGAGCAAAAUAAAUAACAAUAUAGGGAUGAGGUAGUUGGGUGGGCUAAUUUCAGAUGGGCUGUGUACAGGUGCAGUGAUCGGUAAGGUGCUCCGACAACUGAUGCUUAAAGUUAGUGAGGGAGAUAAGAGUCUCCAGCUUCAGAGAUUUUUGCAAUUCGUUCCAGUCAUUGGCAGCAGAGAACUGGAAGGAAUGGCGGCCAAAGGAGGUGUUGGCUUUGGGAAUGACCAGUGAGAUAUACCUGCUGGAGCGCAGACUACGGGUGGGUGCUGCUAUGGUGACCAAUGAGCUAAGAUAAGGCGGGGAUUUGCCUAGCAGUGAUUUAUAGAUGGCCUGGAGCCAGUGGGUUUGACGACGAACAUGUAGUGAGGACCAGCCAACAAGAGCGUACAGGUCACAGUGGUGGGUAGUGUAUGGGGCUUUGGAGACAAAACGGAUGGCACUGUGAUAGACUACAUCCAAUUUGCUGAGUAGAGUGUUGGAGGCUAUUUUGUAAAUGACAUCGCCGAAGUCAAGGAUCGGUAGGAUAGUCAGUUUUACGAGGGCAUGUUUGGCAGCAUGAGUGAAGGAGGCUUUGUUGCGAAAUAGGAAGCCGAUUCUAGAUUUAACUUUGGAUUGGAGAUUCUUUAUGUGAGUCUGGAAGGAGAGUUUACAGUCUAACCAGACACCUAGGUAUUUGUAGUUGUCCACAUACUCUAGGUCAGACCCGUCGAGAGUGGUGAUUCUAGUCGGGUGGGCGGGUGCCAGCAGCGUUCGAUUGAAAAGCAUGCAUUUAGUUUUAGUAGUGUUUAAGAGCAGUUGGAGGCUUCUGAAGGAGUGUUGUAUGGCAUUGAAGCUCGUUUGGAGGUUUGUUAACACAGUGUCCAAUGAAGGGCCAGAUGUAUACAAAAUGGUGUCGUCUGCGUAGAGGUGGAUCUGAGAGUCACCAGCAGCAAGAGCGACAUCAUUGAUAUACACAGAGAAAAGUGUCGGCCCAAGAAUUGAACCCUGUGGCACCCCCAUAGAGACUGCCAUAGGUCCAGACAACAGGCCCUCCGAUUUGACACACUGAACUCUAUCUGAGAAGUAGUUGGUGAACCAGGCGAGGCAGUCAUUUGAGAAACCAAGGCUAUUUAGUCUGCCAAUAAGAAUGCGGUGGUUGACAGAGUCGAAAGCCUUUGCCAGGUCGAUGAAGACAGCUGCACAGUACUGUCUAUUAUCAAUCGCGGUUAUAAUAUCGUUUAGGACCUUGAGCGUGGCUGAAGUGCACCCAUGACCAGCUCGGAAACCGGAUUGCAUAGCGGAGAAGGUACGGUGGUAUUCGAAAUGGUCGGUGAUCUGUUUGUUAACUUGGCUUUCAAAUACUUUCGAAAGGCAGGGCAGGAUGGAUAUAGGUCUGUAGCAGUUUGGAUCUAGAGUGUCACCCCCUUUGAAGAUGGGGAUGACCGCGGCAGCUUUCCAAUCUCUGGGGAUCUCAGACGUUAUGAAAGAGAGGUUGAACAGACUAGUAAUAGGGGUUGCGACAAUUUCGGCGGCUAGUUUUAGAAAGAAAGGGUCCAGAUAAUAUAAUAAUAAUAUAAUAAUAUGCCAUUUAGCAGACGCUUUUAUCCAAAGCGACUUACAGUCAUGUGUGCAUACAUUUUUGUGUAUGGGUGGUCCCGGGGAUCGAACCCACUACCCUGGCGUUACAAGCGCCGUGCUCUACCAGCUGAGCUACAGAGGACCACAGAUUGUCUAGCCCAGCUGAUUUGUAGGGGUCCAGAUUUUGCAGCUCUUUCAGAACAUCAGCUGUCUGAAUUUGUGUGAAGGAGAAGUGGGGGGGGCAUGGGCAAGUUGUAGCGGAGGGUGCAGAGUUGGUGGCCGGGGUAGUGGUAGCCAGAUGGAAAGCAUGGCCAGCCGUAGCAAAAUGCUUGUUAGCCUAACGCUAGCUAACGAACUAAGUGUGUGACCACAUAGCUAGCUAGAUAGCUAAUGUAUUAUUUUAUAACUAGCUGCUAACUCUGUUCUCCUAUAGAUCAAAGAUGGACGGUAUGGAGAGGCCAUCCACAUCCUCAGCCAUGAACUGCAGAAACAGAUGAAGGUAGUGUGUGUGUGUGUUGUUCCUGUAAAGUUGACUCAUUGGCAUCAGUGCACUGCACACACACCUUCACUUGAUAGUUGUAUUGAACUGUUCAUUCAAUACGUUGUAGUUUCUAGGCAGAUCGUUCCUAGUCAGUUCUGAUCCACGUGCAUAUUUGCUAUGCUGCAUUUGUGAGUAGUUCAUGGUCAAAUCUUGCAAAGUCCACCCGACUGGCACACAGAAUAUUAUUGUGAUACUACAGAUCUUGCUAUGUUUAGAGAGGAUCCCUAAGAUCCACAACACACCACCAUGUCUGAUAACCACCCAUGUCUGCUUGCUCGGAGGGGUUGGGAUAAAGCAGAAGACACAUCCAUUGGACAUUCGUGUACAUCACUUGUAGCCUGGUCCCAGGUCUGUUGUCUCCUUCUAUAGCCUGGUCCCAGAUCUGUUGUCUCCUUCUAUAGCCUGGUCUCAGAGCUGUUGUCUCUUUCUAUAGCCUGGUUCCAGAUCUGUUGUCUCCUCCUAUAGCCUGGUCCCAGAUCUGUUGUCUCCUCCUAUAGCCUAGUCCCAGAUCUGUUGUCUCCUCCUAUAGCCUGGUCCCAGAUCUAUUUGUGCUCUUGCCAACUCCAUUGCUGUCAUCACCAAGCCAAUGUUUAGCAUGCCAAUGAGUGACAAGGGGUUGUCAUAAUAGCACAAACAGACUGUCCCUCAGGCUAUUUCAUGUGACAAAACAUGUAGGGCUCGAUUCAAUCCGUAUUGGCGAAGUUCAGCGCUAUAGCAUUCUUGAAAAUGUAAAGGUAAUUUCUGAUUGAGCCGAUAGAUGCAGCGUUUACCGUGAAUGCAGUCUCAUGGAACAUUGCCUUUAAUUGUCAAUCGCCCUAUAGUGCUGAACUUGUUAUCCUCCUCCUCCCAGUCGCGGGCAGCCCUAUCUCUGCUGGGGUACUGCUACUACCACAUGCAGGACUUUACCAACGCAGCAGAGUGCUAUGAGCAGCUGACCCAGCUACACCCCGAGGUGGAGGAGUACAAGCUGUAUUACGCCCAGUCUCUGUACGGGGCCUGUGCCUACCCCGAGGCCAUGAAGGCUACCUUUCUACUGGACAACCCUACCAGCCACACCAAGGUACAGUUCCUACAUUCAGUUAGAAUACCAAGGUAGAGUUAUAAUCAGUGUUUCAUUAACCCUAACGUCUUUGCAGAAAAGCAUCCCCAAAGAAUGAUGUUUCCACCUCCAUGCUUCACAUUUACAUUUUAGUCAUUUAGCAGACGCUCUUAUCCAGAGCGACUUACAGUUAGUGAGUGCAUACAUUAUUCUUUUUUUAUUUAAUUUUUUUCAUACUGGCCCCACAUGGGAAUUGAACCCACAACCCUGGCGUUGCAAACUACCAACUGAGCUACAUCCCUGCCGGCCAUUCCCUCCCCUACCCUGGACGACGCAGGGCCAAUUAUGCGCCGCCCCAUGGGUCUCCCGGUCGCGGCCGGCAGAGCCUGGAUUCGAACCAGGAUCUCUAGUGGCACAGCUAGCGAUGCAGUGCCUUAGACCACUGCGCCACUCGGUUGGGAUGGUGAUCUUGGGGUUGUACUCAUCCUUCUUCUUCCUCCAAACACGGCGAGUGGAGUUUAGACCAAAAAGCUCUAUUUUUGUCUCAUCAGACCACAUGACCUUCUCCCAUUCCUCCUCUGGAUCAUCCAGAUGGUCAUUGGCAAACUUCAGACGGGCCUGGACAUGCGCUGGCUUGAGCAGGGGGACCUUGCGUGCGCUGCAGGAUUUUAAUCCAUGACGGCGUAGUGUGUUACUAAUGGUUUUCUUUGAGACUGUGGUCCCAGCUCUCUUCAGGUCAUUGACCAGGUCCUACCGUGUAGUUCUGGGCUGAUCCCUCACCUUCCUCAUGAUCAUUGAUGCCCCACGAGGUGAGAUCUUGCAUGGAGCCCCAGGCCGAGGGUGAUUGACCGUCAUCUUGAACUUCCAUUUUCUAAUAAUUGCGCCAACAGUUGUUGCCUUCUCACCAAGCUGCUUGCCUAUUGUCCUGUAGCCCAUCCUAGCCUUGUGCAGGUCUACAAUUUUACACAGCUCUCUGGUCUUGGCCAUUGUGGAGAGGUUGGAGUCUGUUUGAUUGAGUGUGUGUGUCACGCCCUGGCUCUGGGGACUCUUAAAUGUUGAGCCAGGGUGUGUAGUUUCUAUGUUUAGUUUUCUAUGUUUGAGUUUCUAGAUCGUGUAGAUCUAUGUUGGCCAGGGUGGUUCCCAAUCAGAGGCAGCUGUAGUUCGUUGUCUCUGAUUGGGGACCAUACUUAGGCAGCCGUUUGGCACCAGUCUGUGUGGGAUCUUGUUCCGUAUAGGUAUGUUAUUAGUCUACCUUGGACUUCACGUAUAGUUUGUUUGUUGUUUUGUUCGUGUUCAGUACGUUAAUAAAUAUGUAAGUUUAUCACGCUGCGCCUUGGUCCGUCUCAUCCGUAAACGAUCGUGACAGAAGAUCCCACCAAAUGAGGACCAAGCAGCGUGCCCAGGAAGAGAGAAUAGCGAUGUCUCAGGUGGGCAAAUGGUGGUCAUGGGAGGAGAUAUUCGCGGGGAAAGGGCCAUGGGCGAAGGUAAAUGCCCAGGCAGGAGAGGAGAAACGGUGCCAACCGUGCCGACGACGGACACCCGAGAGGCAACCCCAAGAAAAAAAUUUGGGGGGGCACACGCCGUGGACGACAAGGCAGCAGGAGGCAGCGACAGGGCGAAUCUGCAGAUUAGGAGAGGAGGCCACCAGGUUACGGGGGCUAUUGGUCCAGAGGGAGCAGGAGUUAUUGGGUCAGAGGGAGGAGCUACAGGAGGCGAUAAGGGAGAAGGAGAGUGUAGAGGCACGGCGAGAGGAGCUGGUUAGGCAGCAGAAGGAGCGGAGGUUUAUAAGGGAACCCAGUCCCGCUCCUCGCACCAAGCAAGUGGUGUGUGUCGCCAGUCCGGUCCGUUCCUGAUCCCCGCACUAAGCCAGUGGUGCGUGUUCCCAGUACGGCCCGACCCAUUCCUGCUUCCCGCACAAGGCCAGUGGUGUGUGUUCCCAGUAUGGUCCGGCCCGUUCCUGCUCCCCGCACUAAGCUAGUGGUGCGUGUUCCCAGUACGGCCCGACCCGUUCCUGCUCCUCGCACUAAGCCAGUGGUGUGUGUCCACAGUCCGGUACGGCCCGUUCCUGCUCCCCGCACCAAGCCAAUGGUGCGUGUUCCCAGUCCGGCCCGGCCCGUUCCUGCUCCCUGCACCAAGCCAGUGGUGCGUGUUCCCAGUCCAGCCCGGCCUGUUCCUGUCCCUCGCACCAAGCCAGUGGUGCGCAUCGCCAGCCCGGUCCGGCCUGUUCCUGUCCCUCGCGCCAAGCCAGUGGUGCGCGUCGUCAGCCCGGUCCGGCCUGUUCCUGUCCCUCGCGCCAAGCCAGUGGUGCGCGUCGCCAGCCCGGUCCGGCCUGUUCCUGUCCCUCGCACCAAGCCAGUGGUGCGCGUCGCCAGCCUGGUACGGCCUGUUCCUGCCCCUCGCACCAAGCCAGUGGUGCGCGUCGCCAGCCCGGUCCGGCCUUUCCUGCCCCUCGCACCAAGCCAGUGGUGCGCGUCGCCGGUCCGGCCUGUUCCUGCCCCUCGCACCAAGCCAGUGGUGCGCGUCGCCAGCCCGGUCCUGCCCGUUCCUGCUCCCCGCACCAAGCCAGUGGUGCGCGUCGUCAGCCCGGUCCGGCCCGUUCCUGCUCCCCGCACCAAGCCAGUGGUGCGCGUCGUCAGCCCAGUCCGGCCCGUUCCUGCUCCCCGCACCAAGCCAGUGGUGCGCGUCGUCAGCCCGGUCCGGCCCGUUCCUGCUCCCCGCACCAAGCCAGUGGUGCGCGUCGUCAGCCCUGUCCGGCCCGUUCCUGCUCCCCGCACCAAGCCAGUGGUGCGUGUGUCCAGUCCGGCACGGCCCGUGCCUGUUCCACCAGGCACCGGUCAGCUGCUCCACUCCGGAGCCAGAGCAAUCCGCUCCACCGGGGUCCGGUCCAACUCCAGUCAGCGGAUCCACUCCGGAGCCAGAGCAAUCCGCUCCACCGGUGCCCAGUCCAGCUCCGGCCAGCGGCUCCAGUCCGGAGCCUGUACAGUUCGUUCCACCGUCGUCGGGUCCAGCUCCAGUCAGCGGUGCCAGACCAGACCAGACCAGGGGCGCAACAGGGAGGUGGAGAGAAGGUGGUGGUUACGCCCGGAGCCGGAUCCGCCUCCGAGGCGGAAUGCCCACCCGGCCCCUACCCUGUUAUGUUUAUGGGGCGCGGUCGGAGUCCGCACCUUUGGGGGGGGUACUGUCACGCCCUGGCUCUGGGGACUCUUAAAUGUUGAGCCAGGGUGUGUAGUUUCUAUGUUUAGUUUUCUAUAUAACUCUACCUGGUGGGGCUGGUAGAAGACCUAAUUACUUAAAAAUCAUACAAUGUGAUUUUCUGGAUUUUUGUUUUAGAUUCCAUCUCUCACAGUUGAAGUGUACCUAUGAUAACAAUUAUAGACCUCUACAUGCUUUGUAAGUAGGAAAACCUGCAAAAUCGGCAAUGUAUCAAAUACGUGUUCUCCCCACUGUAUAUACAUACACACAUACAUACAUACAUACAUACAUACAUACAUACAUAUCCUUAAAAAAAUAUAUAUAUAUUUCCCUUUAUUACUUUCCAACCCCACCAUCCCCUCCCUAAUUGGAGUAAACUAGUGAACAACAAUGCUUACAGGUUUUUUACAUAGACGAUACAUUGGAGAUAAUAUAAGACAAGUACUGGAAACAAUAUAACACUAUGAAAAUUCUGGGAAACCAGGCCUGGUAUUCAUAGCUGACUUAGAAAAGGCCUUUCGAUAAAGUACGACUAGAAUUUAUAUAUAUAAAUGCCUGGAAUAUUUCAAUUUUGGAUAAUCUCUUUUACAAUGGUUUAAAGUUAUUUAUAGUAACCCUAGGUGUAAAAUAGUAAAUAAUGGCUAUUUCUCAAAGUAUUAAACUGUCAAGAGGAGUAAAACAAGGUUGUCCACUAUCAGCAUAUCUAUUUAUUAUAGCCAUCGAAAUGUUAGCUGUUAAAAUCAGAUCCAACAAUAAUAUCAAGGGCCUAGAAAUCCAGGGCUUAAAAACAAAGGUGUCAUUGUACGCUGAUGAUUCAUGUUUUCUUUUAAAUCCACAAUUUGGAUCCCUCCACAGCCUCAUAGAGGAUCUAGAUACUUUUUCAAACCUCUCUGGAUUACAACCAAAUUAUGAUGUGUACUAUAUUAUGUGUUGGAUCACAAAAAAAUACAACUUUUACAUUACCGUGUAGUUUACCAAUCAAAUGGUCUGAUGGUGAAGUGGGCAUACUCAGUAUUCAUAUCCCGAAAGAAAGAAAUGAUCUCACUACAAUACAUUUUAAUAGAAAGUUAGCAAAAAUAGAUACGAUCUUGUUACCGUGGAAAGGAAAAUACCUGUCUAUUUGUGGAAAAAUCACUCUUUAGUCAUAUCCCAGUUUACCUAUUUGCUUAUGGCCUUGCCUACACCUAGCGACUUGUUUUUUAAAUUAUAUGAGCAAAAAAUAUUCACUUUUAUUUGGAAUGGCAAGCCAGACAAAAUUAAACGGGUCUAUUCACUACUACUAACAAUCCCACCAGUUAGAGUUAUAAUGUUUACUACCAGCCCCACCAGGUAGAGUUAUAAUGUUUACUACCAGCCCCACCAGGUAGAGUUAUAAUGUUUACUACCAGCCCCACCAGGUAGAGUUAUAAUGUUUACUACCAGCCCCACCAGGUAGAGUUAUAAUGUUUACUACCCGCCCCACCAGGUAGAGUUAUAAUGUUUACUACCAGCCCCACCAGGUAGAGUUAUAAUGUUUACUACCAGCCCCACCAGGUAGAGUAUAAGUUUACUACCGCCCCACCAGGUAGAGUUAUAAUGUUUACUACCAGCCCCACCAGGUAGAGUUAUAAUGUUUACUACCAGCCCCACCAGGUAGAGUUAUAAUGUUACUACCAGCCCCACCAGGUAAAGUUAUAAUGUUUUCUACCAGCCUCACCAGGUAGAGUUAUAAUGUUUACUACCAGACACACCAGGUAGAGUUAUAAUGUUUACUACCAGACACACCAGGUAGAGUUAUAAUGUUUACUACCAGACACACCAGGUAGAGUUAUAAUGUUUACUACCAGACCACACCAGGUAGAGUUAUAAUGUUUACUACCAGCCCCACCAGGUAGAGUUAUAAUGUUUUACUACCAGACACACCAGGUAGAGUUAUCAUGUUUAUACCAGACACCAGGUAGAGUUAUAUGUUUACUACCAGACACACCAGGUAGAGUUAUAAUGUUUACUACUACCAGACACCCACCAGGUAGAGUUAUAAUGUUUACUACCAGCCCCACCAGGUAGAGUUAUAAUGUUUACUACCAGCCCCACCAGGUAGAGUUAUAAUGUUUACUACCAGCCCCACCAGGUAGAGUUAUAAUGUUUACUACCAGCCCCACCAGGUAAGUUAUAAUGUUUACUACCAGCCCCACCAGGUAGAGUUAUAAUGUUUACUACCAGCCACACCAGGUAGAGUUAUAAUGUUUACUACCAGCACACCAGGUAGAGUUAUAAUGUUUACUACCAGCACACCAGGUAGAGUUAUAAUGUUUACUACCAGCCCACCAGGUAGAGUUAAUGUUACUACAGCCCACCAGGUAGUAUAAUGUUUACUACCAGCCCACGGUAGAGUUAUAAUGUUCUACUGCACCAGCCCCACAGGUAGAGUAUAAUGUUACUACCAGCCCCCAGUAGAGUUAUCACACGAGAUAUAAUAUAUCUUGGUUCUUUUCCCUUUGACCCAUGUUCUGUCCAUCUCUCCCACAGAUGAUCAAACUGCAGGCAGCCAUCAAAUACGGAGAAGAGGAGUACUCUGGAGCGAAGGUUAGUAGCUACUAGUAUUGGACAUAUACUGGACUUGGCCAUGACUAGAACCAGAACUAGAACCAUGAGUAGAACCAGAACUAGAACCAUAACUAAAGACCAAAAACAUGUACCUGGUGGUUACUGUAUGCGGUCAGGAGAAAUUAAUAUAACCCCUUAUAAACCCUAUCUCCUUUUCUCCAUGAAUAUGCCCUUAUGACUCCCUAUAACUCUUCAUGACCUCUUAUAACCCCUUCAUGGACCCUCUCCCUGUCAGACAUUGGUAGAGCAGCUUCCCCAGGACGACCCAGACUAUGAGGUGGACAUGGGCUGUCUACUCUACAAGGAGGGGGAGUACGAGGAGGCCUGCAAGAAGUUCAUGUCUGCCAUGCAGGUUCUGGGCUACCAACCAGGUAACUGCACACACAAAGGAAACCUUUUGACCUUUUGGCUAUCCUAAAAGUCUCUUGCAAGUUGCUGAAUCUCUCUCUCCCCUCUCCCUCUCCCUCUCUCCCUCCCUCUCUCUCUUCCUUUCUGUCUCAGACCUGUCCUACAAUAUAGGUCUGUGCUACUAUAGCAUGAAACAGUAUGCUCAGGCCCUCAAAUUCAUCGGCGAGAUCAUAGAGAGAGGGAUCAGGGAGCAUCCAGGUAAAACUGGCCUUUAAAAUGAAGAAGUUCAUUUGUCAGCACACCUGUUUAGUUAGAUACCUGAUCACAGCACAUCUCAAAAGGUCAGCACACCUGUCUAGUUAGAUACAUGAUCACAUCUCAAAAGGUUAGCACACCUGUUUAGUUAGAUACCUGAUCACUGUGUUGUGAUUUUCACUUAGUGUCCCUCCUUCUUCUCAUCCAUGUUUCCCCCUGACCAUCCGGUGUGUGUCUCGUGUGUCUCGUGUGUCUCGUGUGUGUCGUGUGUGUUCUCUCGUCCAGAGCUGAGCGUUGGCAUGACGACAGAGGGCAUCGACGUGAGAAGUGUGGGCAACACCCUGAUCCUACAUGAGACUGCUCUCAUAGAAGGCUUCAACCUCAAGGCUGCUAUAGAAUACCAGCUCAAAAACUGUGAGUACACUCAGUAGCCUUGUGGUUAGAAGGUUGAGAGUUCAAUCCCCGGCCGAGUCAUAACAUAGACUGUUAAAAUGGGACCUGAUGCGUCUCUGCUUGGCUCUCAGCAUUAAGGAGAUAGAUUGGUGUCUAAGGCCCUGCGAUAGACUAGUGUCCUGUCCAGGAGGUGUACUGUACAUCAAGCUGUCUCACUACAUAAACAGGAGAUAGACUAGUGUCCUGUCCAGGGGGUAUACUGUACAUCAAGCUGUCUCACUCCAGAAACAGGAGAUAGACUAGUUCCUGUCCAGGGGGUGUACUAUACAUCAAGCUGCCUCACUACAGAAACAGGAGAUAGACUAGUGUCCUGUCCAGGGGGUAUACUGUACAUCAAGCUGUCUCACUCCAGAAACAGGAGAUAGACUAGUGUCCUGUCCAGGGGGUGUACUAUACAUCAAGCUGCCUCACUACAGAAACAGGAGAUAGACUAGUGUCCUGUCCAGGGGGUAUACUGUACAUCAAGCUGUCUCACUACAGAAACAGGAGAUAGACUAGUGUCCUGUCCAGGGGGUGUACUAAUACAUGAAGGAGAUAGGCUCCUGCCCUAUGGGCCGCUCUGGCUCACACAAGCCAAAGCUACUUACUCAUAGUAUACCAGGUUGGCAUAGAGUACCAGCUGAAAAACGGUCAGUACUCAUAGUAUACCAGGUUGGCAUAGAGUACCAGCUGAAAAACGGUCAGUUCUCAUAGUAUACCAGGCUGGCAUAUAGUACCAGCUGAAAAACGGUCAGUACUCAUAGUAUACCAGGCUGGCAUAGAGUACCAGCUGGAAAACGGUCAGUUCUCAUAGUAUACCAGGCUGGCAUAGAGUACCAGCUGAAAAACGGUCAGUACUCAUAGUAUACCAGGUUGGCAUAUAGUACCAGCUGAAAAACGGUCAGUACUCAUAGUAUACCAGGCUGGCAUAGAGUACCAGCUGGAAAACUGUCAGUUCUCAUAGUAUACCAGGCUGGCAUAGAGUACCAGCUGAAAAACGGUCAGUACUCAUAGUAUACCAGGCUGUAAUAGAGUACCAGCUGAAAAACUGUCAAUUCUUAUAGUAUACCAGGCUGGCAUAGAGUACCAGCUGAAAAACUGUCAGUACUCAUAAUAUACCAGGCUGUAAUAGAGUACCAGCUGGAAAACUGUCAGUACUCAUAGUAUACCAGGCUGGCACUAGCCUAGGUACCAGAACUGUUUGUGCUAUCAUUCCACAUAGUUUACAAGGCUGCCAUCGAGUACCAUUAUUUUACCAGAAAGGUACCAUAGUUUUGCAAGUUGCAACUCUAGGUCUCACCUCUCUGUCUGUCUGUCUGUCUCCAGGUGAUGCAGCUCAGGAGGCCUUGACUGACAUGCCGCCCAGAUCAGAGGAGGUACUGUCUGUGUGUGUGUGUGUACUUGUGUGUGUCUAUGUAUGUCAGCCCUACCACACAUGUAGGUUGGAGACAGUGCUGCUGUAACGUAUAUCUCUAUCUGUGGCUCAGAGGGUGCUGCCCUCUAGUGACCAUCGACAUCAACACACACACACUGAUGGGGAUCAGGGGAACGGGAGCACUCUGUCAGACAGAAAGCUGUUGUAACGUGUGUGUGUCCUUGAGCAAGUACUAGCUCAAAAACUGUGCAUGUCCAUCCAUGGGCGCUGCCCUGAGGACGACCCUGGGCCUGUCAACGUGUGUGUGUGUCUGGGGGCGUUGGGAAAGGAACAAGAAACAUUCUCCUUCUAACCAAUGGACAAUCAAGUAUCUAUUGUAUUCUAGGAGCUGGACCCAGUGACGCUUCACAACCAGGCCCUGAUGAACAUGGAUAAGAAGCCAUCGGAGGGUUUUGAGAAACUAGCCUUCCUCCUGCAGCAGAUCCCCUUCCCCCCAGUCACCUUCGGAAACCUGUUGUUACUAUACUGCAAAUAUGAGGUAGGGCAUUCUGCUGUACUCUACUAUAUUAUACUAUACUAUUAUACUGUACUCUACUAUGUUAUACUAUACAAUAUUAUACUAUACUCUAAUGCUGCUACUAUACUGCAAACAUGAGGUAGGGUAUUCUGCUGUACUCUACUAUAUUAUACUAUACUAUUAUAAUGUACUCUACUAUAUUAUACUAUACUAUUAUACUGUACUCUACUAUAUUAUACUAAUAUACUGUACUAUACUAUUAUACUAUUCUGCUGCUACUAUACUGUAAAUAUGAGAUGGGUAGAUCACUACUGUUCUCUACUAUUAUACUGUACUCUACUGUUAUACUGUACUAUAUGAUUAUACUGUACACUACUGUUCUCUACUAUUAUACUGUACUCUACUGUUAUACUGUACUAUAUGAUUAUACUGUACACUACUGUACUCUACUAUUAUACUGUACUCUACUAUUAUACUGUACUCUAUUGUUAUAUUGUACUAUAUGAUUAUACUGUACACUACUGUACUCUACUAUUAUACUGUACUCUACUGUUCUACUAUUAUACUGUACUCUACUGUACUCUACUAUUAUACUGCACUCUACUAUUAAACUGUACUCUACUAUUAUACUGCACUCUACUGUACUCUAAUAUUAUACUGUACUCUACUAUUAUACUGUACUCUACUGUUCUCUACUAUUCUACUGUACUCUACUGUUCUCUACUAUUCUACUGUACUCUACUAUUAUACUGUACUCUACUGUUCUCUACUAUUAUACUGCACUCUACUGUUCUCUACUAUUAUACUGCACUCUACUGUACUCUACUAUUAUACUGUACUCUACUGUACUCUACAUUAUACUGUACUCUACUGUUCUACUAUUCUACUGUACUCUACUGUUCUCUACUAUUCUACUGUACUCUACUAUUAUACUGUACUCUACUGUUCUCUACUAUUAUACUGCACUCUACUGUUCUCUACUAUUAUACUGCACUCUACUGUACUGUACUGUACUGUACUAUUAUACUGUACUCUACUAUUAUACUGUACUCUACUGUUCUCUACUAUUAUACUGCACUCUACUGUACUCUACUAUUAUACUGCACUCUACUGUAUUAUACUGUACUCUACUGUACUCUACUAGUAUACUGCACUCUACUGUAUUAUACUGUACUUUACUGUACUCUACUGUUAUACUGUACUCUACUAUUAUACUGCACUCUACUGUUAUACUGGACUCUACUGUAUUAUACUGUACUCUACUGUACUCUACUAUUAUACUGUUCUCUACUGUUAUAUUGUACUCUACUGUUAUACUGUACUCUACUGUACUCUACUAUUAUACUGUACUCUACUAUUAUACUGUACUAUAUGAUUAUACUGUACUCUACUAUUAUACUGCACUCUACUGUACUCUACUAUUAUACUGUACUCUACUAUUCUACUGUACUCUACUGUUCUCUACUAUUCUACUGUACUGUACUCUACUAUUCUACUGUACUCUACUAUUAUACUGUACUCUACUGUUAUACUCUACACUCAGCAUUUUUAUUUGUCUGUAAUACACUACGGCUUUUUAAAUGCCGACACAACCUUAUCUGGAGUUUGGAGUGCCACUGUACGGGCAUUGUGUUUGUCUGUAAAGGAAUUCCGCUUCUGAAGCGGGACUAACAUGCUGACCAGACCGGACGCUUCGCAAAAUAAAUGUACACAUACAUGUUAUUCAAUCAUUGCACCCACACUGCUCGCAUGCGUUAGAGAGCGUCUGCGUGGCCAGGCUCUAAAAUAGAACUUGGUUCUAUUUGUGAUGCUCGACGCGCUACAAUUCCUGGCUAUCCCAUCUCCUCAUUGGUUUUUAGGAGCAUAUACCCAUGUGGGUGAUUGAAAGAUGAACUGAGGUCCACACUCCAGUCCAGUUGGUGGUGGUAAUGCACCUUAAAGUUGGUUGCCGACUGACAUAUAAAGUCCGAAAAAGAAGAAGCCUGAACUUGAUUUACCGUUUUAUCUGUGGAUUAAUUGUCGGAGUAGAGGAACUUUCAGGUAUAAUAACAACCCAAUGUUUAUAUCCCAAGACAAAUUAGCUAGCAACUGCAAGCUAGCUAGCUAAAUUGUCAUAAAUGUUUAAUGCUUUUCGACCUGUCCCCAAAUUAAUAUAGUUGGUUCAGAGUUUGUUUCGAUAUUUCAACCUGCGUGUCCUGAUCGUGUCUGGUGUGGGAGCAAAAAAUCAACAUGCGCGCGAUGGUCUGGUCAGCAUGUAAUGUCCAUGACUAGGUGAACUGAACUGUCAAUCAUAUAAUCUUGAGCUGCCUGCGCGCAGCCAGCCUGCCUGCCUGCUGCCUGAGCGCAGACCACUCUCUCUUGAAAAAGUAUGUUAAAGUUUGUUAAAUACCGUGAUUUACCAAGACAUUUAGUAGAAAGUAAACCCCUACCAUAGAACACAGCACAAAUAACACAGCAGCACAUCUAAAAGCUACAGACACUUCUGAUGCACCACUUUGUUUAAUUGUCUGAAAGGUUAUCAAUCGACACAUUACUGUAGCGCCGUUCUAUGCUUGUAAAGGAUAUAAUGUACUCUACUACUGUAUUUAUUAUACUAUACUCUACUGCAAAUACAAGGUAGGGCACUCUACUCUACUGUACUGUACUCUACUAUUAUACUAUACUCUACUGCAAAUACAAGGUAGGGCACUCUACUGUACUAUACUCUACUAUUAUACUAUACUCUACUGCAAAUACAAGGUAGGGCACUCUACUGUACUAUACUCUACUAUUAUAAUGUACUCUACUGCAAAUACAAGGUAGGGCACUCUACUGUACUAUACUCUACUAUUAUAAUGUACUCUACUGCAAAUACAAGGUAGGGCACUCUACUAUACUCUACUAUUAUAAUGUACUCUACUUCUACUGCAAAUACUAGUUAGGACACUCUACUAUAUAUACUAUACUGUAUAUCUACUAUACUCUACUACUGUAUAUCUACUAUACGCUACGAUACAAUACUACUGGAUAUAUAUACUCUACUACUGUAUAUUUACUAUAAUCUACUAUACUCUACUUUAUAUCUACUACAUUUACAUUUACAUUUAAGUCAUUUAGCAGACGCUCUAGUCCAGAGCGACUCACAAAUUGAUGCAUUCACCCUAUAGCCAGUGGGAUAACCACUUUACAAUUUUUGGGGGGGGGGGGGGGGGGGGGGGGGUAGAAGGAUUACUUUAUCCUAUCCCAGGUAUUCCUUAAAGAGGUGGGGUUUCAAAUGUCUCCGGAAGGUGGUGAGCGACUCCGCUGUGUGUGUGGGGGGGGGGGGUAGAAGGAUUGCUUUAUCCUAUCCCAGGUAUUCCUUAAAGAGGUGGGGUUUCAAAUGUCUCCGGAAGGUGGUGAGUGACUCCGCUGUCCUGGCGUCGUGAGGGAGCUUGUUCCACCAUUGGGGUGCCAGAGCAGCGAACAGUUUUGACUGGGCUGAGCGGGAACUAUGCUUCCGCAGAGGAAGGGGAGCCAGCAGGCCAGAGGUGGAUGAACGCAAUGCCCUCGUUUGGGUGUAGGGACUGAUCAGAGCCCGAAGGUACAGAGGUGCCGUUCCCCUCGCUGCUCCAAAGGCAAGCACCAUGGUCUUGUAACGGAUGCGAGCUUCAACUGGAAGCCAGUGGAGUGUGCGGAGGAGGGGGGUGACGUGAGAGAACUUGGGAAGGUUGAACACCAGACGGGCUGCGGCAUUCUGGAUGAGUUGUAGGGGUUUAAUGGCACAUGCAGGGAGGCCAGCCAACAGCGAGUUGCAGUAAUCCAGACGGGAGAUGACAAGUGCCUGGAUUAGGACCUGUGCCGCUUCCUGUGUGAGGCAGGGUCGUACUCUCCGAAUGUUGUAGAGCAUGAACCUGCAGGAGCGGGUAUAUACUAUACUCUACUACUGUAUAUCUACUAUACUCUAAUGUAUAUUUACUAUACACUACUAUGCACUACUACUGUAUAUCUACUAUACUCUACUACUGUAUAUUUACUAUACACUACUAUGCUCUACUACUGUAUAUAUACUAUACUCUACUGUACCUUAAUAUACUCUACUACUGUAUAUUUACUAUAGUAUUGUAAUGAAUACUCGGACAGAGUGGUAAGAUCCAAUCGCAGAAUAGCGAUGCUUUAUUAGAGUACAGACAAGGGUAUAGCUUAAUCGUGGUCGGGCGGGCUGUGGUCAAAACCGGGCAAGGCAUAGACAGGCAGAGGUACCAAAGGAGCGGGCUUAGUCGUAGUCGAGGGCACAGGCACAGGAUCAGAGCACGGUAAUCACUGGGGUAGACAAGCAGAGGAUUAAGCAAUUCGGGAAGUCAAACAAGGCACAGGUCGGAUACACGGUUAAUCAAAACAACAAACUCUCUCUCUCUCUCUCGGAACAAAACGCUUAGCAAGUCACAAAGGAACAAUACCUCGCACCGACUGAACCUCUGAGCACACCUUAUAUCCUACCCUAAUUACGGACAGGUGUGCUCAGAACUCAGGUGAACCAGAUCGAGUCUGAUGACUCCCCCUCUCUGUAGAUCGGGGAAGUGUCAGACUCUGUCUAGACCCAGCCAACCCCCGAUCCCUUACAAGUAUACUAUACUAUACGACUUUAUAUAUACUAUACUCUAAUACUGUAUAUCUACUAUACUCUAAUGUAUAUUUACUAUACACUACUAUGCUCUACUACUGUAUAUCUACUAUACUCUACUAGUGUAUAUUUACUAUACACUACUAUGCUCUACUACUGUAUAUUUACUAUAAUCUACUAUACUAUACGACUUUAUAUAUACUAUACUCUAGUACUGUAUAUCUACUAUACUCUAAUGUAUAUUUACUAUACACUACUAUGCUAUACUACUGUAUGUCUACUAUACUCUACUGUGCCUUAGUAUACUAUACUACUGUAUAUAUACUAUACUAUACUACUGCAUAUAUACUAUACUCUACUGUACCUUAGUAUACUCUACUGCUGCUGAUAUAAACCUCAAAUACGAGGUAGGUUUUCACACCACCUCCACACACACGUGAAAUAUAAACCAUUGUUUCCAUAAAAAAUGCAGCCCUGUUGUAAAGAAAUCUUGUCAGAGGUGUUCCAUGCUGUGUGCUACAUUUAGUAAGCAUUUAGAAGAUCAACCUUGCCAGCAUGUGGUCUGUGUUUUAAUGAAGACUGACCGUGCUGCUGUCCUGCUGUUCUGGAGACCAAAGACUUGUUUUGCGUCCCAAAUGGCACCCUGUUCCCUUUAUAGUGCACUGAUUUAGACGAGAGCCCCUAUAUAGGGAUGAUAUUUCCUAUAGGCCCUGGUAAAAAGUAGUGCACUUUAAAGGGAAUAGGGUGCCAUUUGGGACGCAGACAGACUCAUUAAAAUGGUGUUAAUGUCUCUGCUGGACUCUCUCUCUCUCAGUAUUUUGACCUGGCUGCUGAUGUGAUGGCAGAGAAUGCACACCUCACCUACAAGUUCCUCACCCCGGUAAGUAACACAGGUCCCUUGCCUUUCAUUGUCCUUUCUUUUCAUGCUACAUCCCUACAGUCAGUAACUAGGGAUAGUUAGAUAUUACUCUGACCCUGAAGUCAAGUCCAUGAGGGAUUGUAAGGCCUGUAUAUUUCUCCUGUCCUGUUCCUGUCACACAUCCCCAAUUCAUUUUCUGGUCGAGUUUCUCCUGCUAUGUUAUGAAACACUUUACCUAUGUCCUCUCUGUGUUCCAGUAUCUGUAUGAGUUUCUGGACGCCAUGUUGACCUGCCAGACAGCUCCAGAGGAGGUAACAACAAAACACUACUAAUACACACCAUUUACACCCUGUACUCCCUACUGCCUACUAGUACUAAUCACCCUGUACUCCCUACUGCCUACUAGUACUAAUAACCCUAUACUACCUACUCCCUACUAGUACUAAUCACCCUACACUAACCUACUCCCUACUAGUACCAAUCAACCCUAUACUGCCCUACUAGUACUAAUCACCCUAUACUACCUAGCUUACCCCCCUACUAGGACAUAAUCAACCCUAUACUAUACCUACUCCCUAACUAGUACUAAGGCACCCUAUACUGCCUACUAGUACAAAUCACCCAUACUCCCUUUAUGCCUAGUACAAAUUUCCCCCCUAUCCUAAAAAAAAACCCCUAAUAUUUACUAACCCCCCCGGGUACAAAAUUUAAGACUAAUAAAAAAAACCCUUAAAUACUACCAAAUCCCUAAAAUAAUCACCAAAACUCCCUACCCCCUUUACUAGUCCUAAUAAACCUUUUUUAUACAACCUCCCCCUAGUACAAAAUCACCAAAAUCCUCCCCAAAACCCCCCCUUUUAGUACUAAUCCCCGAUCUACCAUCCCUACUGUACUAAUCACCCUAUACCCCUCUCCCUUUACUAGUACUUCCACCCUAAAACUGCCCUACUAGUAUUUAAUCACCCUUUUAAUCCCCAAACCCCCUAGUACAAAUAACCCAAAUACUAACCUACCCCCCCUAGUAUAAUCCCCUAUACUACCUACCCCUACUAGUAAAAACCCCACCCUUACUCCCUCCUCCCUAUUACUAAUCCCCCUUUUAUAUUUACCUAUUUCCCAAAUAUACUAACACCCAAAUACUACCUACUCCCUACUAACUAAUCCCCCCUCCCGAUUGGCGCAGUGGUCAAAGGGGCAUUGCUCCCCUGCUAACUGUGACUAGAGAUUCUGGUUCGAAUCCAGGCUCUGUCGUAGCCGGCCGCGCCCGGGGGAAAACCCAAAUGGGGGGUGCAAAAUUGGGCCAAUUGUCGCCCAAAGGGAAAGGGGGGGGAAGGGCCCCGGCAGGGUUUGUAGAGCAUGGGGGUUUUGAAACACCAGGGUUGUGGGUUUGAUUCCCACGGGGGGCCGGGGGUAUAAAAAAAUUUAAAAAUAUGUUGCACUAAAUAACUGGAAUCGCUCUGGAUAAGAGCGUUGCUAAAGGGAAAAAAAUAAAAAAAAUUUUAAAGGGAAAACGCCUAGACAAAUCAACCUAUACUCCCUACCCCCCUACUAUACUAAUAAACCCCCUAACUACCUAGGGCCUAGAACUAAUCCCCCUUUUACACUUACCCCUAGUACAACACCCUAACUACCGCCUUCCCACUAUUUACAAAUCCCCCCUUUUACUACCCCUAUUUAUUACUAAUCCCCCUAUAUCCCCUACUCCCUAUACUAACCACCCCAUACAACCUAAGGGCCCCUCUAGACUAAUCCCCCUUUAUAAGGGCCCACAGUAAAACCCACCCUAAACUACCUACCCCUUUUAAAACUAAUCACCCUUUACUCCCUACUCCCUAAUAUUUACAAAUCACCCUUUUAUUCCCACUCCCAAAUAGUACUAAUAACCCAAAUUUUAAACCGGGCUGCGUACUAGUACUAAUCACCCUUUACUCCCUUUACCCCCCUAUAGUACAAAAUCACCCUAAAACUACCUACCCCCUAUAGUACAACCCCCUAUACAAACCCUACUCCCCACUAGUACUAAUCACCCCAAUCCCCUUCCCCCUACUAUUUACAAAUAACCCUAUACACCUCCCGCCUACUAUUUACUAAUCACCCUUACACCACCCCAAAGAACAAACCCCCCCAAACCCACCCACGGGGACAACCCCCCGGGACAACCACGCCCCACAACAACACCUUAACCCCUUACCCCAACAACCCCCCCCAACACCCACCCCACGGGGACAACCACCAACCCCCUUCCCCCCAGGACAACACCAAAACCCCAAACCACCCCCACAGUAAAUCACCCUAACACCUUUCCCACAAAACAAAAUCCCCCUUUAUACACCACUGCCCUCCUAGUACUAAUCCCCCUUUAACUCCCCACUAGUAAAUAACCCAUACACCUACCCCAGACAAAUCCCCCUAAAACCCACCCCACGGGGGAAAACACCCAACCCCACCCCGGGGAACAAAAACCCUAACUACCUACUCCCCAAAACUAGUCUAACACCCUAUACUACCUACUCCCUACUAGAACUUUCACCCCCGAAGGGCGCAGGUGGUCAAAGGCUUUGGCAUCGCAGUGCAACUGUGCCACAAGAUGGGGGUUUCCCAAACCCAGGUUUUUCGUACCGGGCCCGGCCCGGGAAAACCCAGGGGGGGGGUGCAAAAUUUGGCCCAGGCCCUCCGGGGAAAGGGAGGGAAUGGCCGGCGGGGUUGUAGAGCAUGGUGUUGCCCACCAGGGUUGUGGGUUUAAAUUCCCACGGGGGGCCAGUUUUGAAAAAUUUAAAAUCAUGUAUGCACUCACAAACCGGGAAAGUCGCUCUGGAUAAACCCUUUUUGCUAAAUAUAAAAAAUUUAAAAAAAAAAAAAAAAAAAUGCCUAGUCCUAAUCCCCUAUACUACCUACCCCCUUUAUAGUAUAAAAACCCUAUACUCCCUACUCCCUAGAAAAAAUCACCCUAUAUACUUACCCCCUACUAUUAUUUAAUCACCUUUAUCCUACCUACUCCCUAGUCUAUCCCCUAUACAAACCUACCUCCCAGAAAUAACACCCUAUCUACCUAAUGCCUCCUAUUAAAAAUCACCCUAAAAUGCCUAUGUAUAAUCCCCCCUAAAACUACCUACCGCCUACAUACUAAUCACCCUAUCUACCUCCCAAAUAGUAAAAAAAUCACCCUAAAUUACCACUCCCUACUAGUACAAAUUUCCAACCCAUAUUCCCUUUCGGGCGAAAUAGUACUAAUCACCCUAUAUUUACCUACCCUUUUAAAAUUUCCCUAACAAUCACCCACUAAUACCUACGGCCUUAGUACUUAAACCCAUAUACCUACCCCCCACUAGAACAAAUCACCCAAUACUCCUACUAGUCCUAAUCACCCUUUUAAAAAACUAUACCCCAAACUAUCCCAAACCCCAAAUUUAUACAAAUCCCCCUAUAAAAAAAAUCCCUAAUUACCCAAAAACCCCAAACCCAAUCCUACCAGACUAACCCACCCUUUUUACCUGGGUACUGUACUAACCCCCCCUACCUACCUACCCCCCCUCUAGUACUAAUCCCCCCCAAACACCUACUGCCAAAUAGUAUAAUAAAACCCUAUACACCUUCCCUACUAGUACAAAUCACCCUUUUACUCCCUACUAGUACAAAUAAACCCUAUACUCCUAUUUCCCCUACUAUUACUAAUCACCCUAUUUACCACUCCCUAGUACAAAUCCCCCCCAUACUACCCAAACUCCCUAGACUAAUCCCCCUUUAUACCCCCUACCCCUUUAGUCCCUAAUCACCCUAACACCUCCACCACGGGGACAAAUCACCCUAUACUACUAUCCCCAAUAUUUCAAAUCCCCUAUAUUACCUACUCCUACUACUAUAAUCACCCUUUUUAACUACUGCCUCCCAAAUUUCCCAAAUCACCCUAUCCUCCCUCCCCUUUUUACUAGUACAAAACCCACCCUAUACUACCUACUGCCUACUAUUUACUAAUCCCCCAAAAACCCCUUUACUCCCUAUAGUACAAAUCCCCCUUUAUACUCCCAAACCCCCUAGUAAAAUCCCCCUAUCCCAAACCUACUCCCAAGUAUUAAUCCCCCCUAUACUACCUACUCCCUACUAGUACAACCCACCCAUACUACCUCCCCCCUACUAUUACUAAUCCCCCUAUUUUACCACCCAAACUAUACUAAUAAACCUAUACAAACCUCCCCCCCAAAAUUAGUAAAAACAACCCUAUACUCCCUACUCCCUACGGGGACUAAUCACCCUUUUAAAACAAAUUCCCUACAAAUACUAAUCACCCUAUUUUUACCUACCCCUAGUAUAAUCAUCCUUGUAUUUACCUAUUUCCCUACUGAAACUAAUAAAAUUAAAAUAAAAUUAUUUAAUAAUAAAAUCCCCCUAAAAAAUCGGCUAAAAAAUACUAAAAACCCUUUAUCUACCUACUCCCUAUAUUACUUAAUACAACUAUAAAACCCUUCCCCCCAAAUACAAAUCAUCCUGUACUACCUACCCCUACUUUUUUACAAAACCCCCUUUUUUAACUACCUACUCCCUACUAGUGAAAUCCCCUAAACACCACCCCAAACAACCCCUUUAAAACACCACCCCGCCCGGACAACACCCAACACCCCCACAACAACCCCGGGGUAAAACCACCCCACGGGGACAACCCAACCCCCACCCCACGGGGGCACACCCAACACCACCCCCCCGGGACUUUUAAACCAACAACCACCCCAAACAACCCCCGGAAACCACUCCCUACAUUAAAUCCCCCUAUCGACUUUCGGCCACAAGGCAAUGCCCCGGGAAACCCCAACCCCAAGGGGGACAAAAACCCAAACAACCCCCGGGACCACCCCCAAAACCACCACGGCCGGGGAAACCCCCAACACCACCCCUAGAACAAGGGACCCAAACACCCAACCAACGGGGACACACCCAUACACCACCCCACAACUAUUCACCCUAUAUCCCCUAUUUCCCUACUAGUCCUAAUCCCCCCCUAUAUACCUAUUUUCCCCCUACUAAAAAUUUAACACCCACCCCCCAGUGGCGCAGGGGUUUCAAAAGGCAUUGCAUCGCAGUCAACUUGCCACUAGAUAUCCUGGUUCGAAUCCAGUCCCCUCGUAGCCCCGGGCGCCCCGGGAGACCCAUGAGGCGGGGGCACAAUUUGGGGAAAGUGCCCGUGGGGGUAAGGGAGGGAAGGCCGGCAGGGAUGUUUGAAACACCAGGGUUUUGUGGGUUUGAUUCCCGGGGGGGCCAGUAAAAAAAUAAAAAAAAACCAUGUAUGCACCCCAUAAGGGAAAAGUCGUCUGGAAAGAGGCUGCUAAAUGACAAAAAAGGAAAAAAAAAGAAAAAAAAAAAUAGGGCCUGGGAAAAACAACCAUACUACCUACUCCCCUACUAGUAAAAUCACCCUAUACAACCUACGGGCCAAAACCAAUCACCCUAAAAUACAUUUCCCCUAGUCCUAAUCCCCUAUACUCCUACCCCCAUGUAUAAUCCCCUAACUACCAAACCUCCCUCCCUAGUACAAAUCACCCAUACUCCUACCCCUAGUACUAAUCACCCUUACUCCCGACCCCUACAGUACUACUCACCAAAACUACCUACUGCCUACAUUUACUAAUCCCCCUUAUCCCUACUACUGCCUACUAUUACAAAUCCCCCCAAAAUCCCCUACCCCUUUAAUAAUCCCAAAUCCCCCUAUAUUACCUCCCUCCCCAAACUAUACUAAUCCCCCUAUUUUUAACCUGCUGCGUCUAGUACAAAUUAAACCCUAUAUUUACCCCUCCCUACUAGAAAUUAAUCCCCUAAAACUCCCACCCCCCUACAAGAAACUAAUCCCCCCUAUACAAACCAACCCCCUAGUACUAAUCACCCUAUACCCCCAAAUUGCCUAAAAUUAAUAAACCCCUAUACUACCUAUUUCCUAAACUAAUCACCCAAAAAUUACCCCCAAGAUAAAAUAAAAAUUUAAAAACCCACUAACUACGGGGGAAAAAAAAAGUUUUUUAUUUACCUACUCCCUAGUACAAAAUUUAAACCCCUAUUUUAACCUACUUCCCCUAUAUAAUCACCCAAAAUAACCUACUCCCUACUAGACUAAUCACCCUAAAUUACCUCCCCCCUACUUUUAUAAUCACCCUAUAUUCCCCUACCCCCUACUGGGUUAAUCCCCCCUAUAUUUACCUACUCCCAAGGGGAAAACCCCCAACACCACCCCACGGGGACAACCCCCAACCCACCCCCCUAAGGGACAAACCCAACCCCCCCAAAAUAGUACUAACACCCCAAAAUUACCUACCCCCUAGAAACAAAUCAUCCGGGUUCUAACUACCCCUACUAGUCAACCCCAACCCCUUAUAGACCUAUCCCACUAGUCCUAACCCCCUAAUUCCCCACCCCUAGUACAAAACCCCGGGACCCCCACCCCUACUGGGACUAACCCCUUUAAAACCCACCUACCCCUGUACAAAUCACCAAUACAAACCUACUCCCCUACUAGUCUAAUCCCCCUUAAUUUACCUUCCUCCCUACUUUACUAAUCACCCUAUACUCCCUUUAUGCCAAGUACAAAUUUCACCGGUAAACCUACUCCCCUACUAUUAAACCCCCAAUAAAAUCCCUCCCCAAAUAGGGCUAAAACCCAUAAAAAAAACCCCAAACUGGGAAAGAACUCCCAUCAACUACCUAUCCCUAUUAUUUACUAAUCACCUUAUACAAACCCUCCUCCCCUAGUACAAAUCCCCUUUUACAUCUACUCCCCUCCCAGUACAAAUCACCCUGAAAACUACCUACUCCCUACUAGAAAUAAUCCCCCUGUAUCCCCCUACUCCCUAUAUACUAAUCACCCCGCCUCCCUAUUUACCCCUAGUACUAAUCACCCAAAUACCCCAAAACCCCGGGGGACAACCCCCCCCUAACUACCACCCCCCCGGGACAAAAACCAAACCCCACCCCACAAGGACGAAACCCAAACCACCCCAAACAAAAACACCCCGGGGGGGAACCACCCCCGGACAACCUGGGGGACAACCACCCCCUGGGACAACCACCUUAUACUCCCACUCCCUAAAUUACUCCCCCCCCACACCCCUUUUAAACCCCCACCACUACUAGUCCCCCCAAAUCACCUUACUACCUACCCCUAUUAAUAAUCCCCCUAACUACCUACUCCCUAGUACUUUUCCACCCUUACCCCCUUUAUUUCCCUACAAAGUAUAAUCACCCUAUCCACCUACUGCCCCCGGGGGACAAAAACCCAACAACCCCCCCACGGGGACAAUCACCCAAACCAACCCCCCACAGAAACAACAACCCAAACCCCCAUUUCCCAAACAUAAAAUCACCCAAACUACCACUCCCAAAUAGUAUUUAAUCCCCUAACUACCUCUCCCACAAGUAUCUUUAAACCUAUACAACCUUCCCCCUCCCACAGUACUAAUCCCCCUAUAUUACCUACGGGCCUACUGUACUAAUCACCUUAAAAACUACCUAUUCCCUCUAGAAAUAUUCCCCUAAAAACUACCACCCCCCACUAUACAAAAUCCCCCCUAUACUACCUAUCCCUCUAUUAAAAAUCCCCCUAUAGACCUAAUCCCAAAGUACUAAUCCCCCCUAUAUCCCAACCCCAAAAUGGGUUAAAAAAAAACCCAUACAAGCCCCAAAUAGUAUAACCCCUUAACACCUCCCCCUAGUAAAAUUUCCCCCUAUACAUCUACUCCCUACUAGUACUAAUCCCCCCUUGUACCCCUACUCCCUACGGGUAAAAAUAAACCCGGCUCCCAAACGGGGUACUAAAUACCCAAAACCUACUUUCCCCCUAUACUUCACCCUAUACUCCCUAUUUUUCCCUUUACUAGUCAAAUACUACCUACUAACCUACUAGUCUACCCCUAUACUAUCAUCAACCUUCAGUAGCGUUAAACACACCACUACUACACACAUAUAUUUGUGUUUCAUGUUUUAGCCAAUGACCUGAAUGUUCCACAAUAUAAUAUAAUAUAAUAUGCCAUUUAGCAGAUGAACCAGUCCUCUAUAAUACAGAGACUUUACAGUCCUGUGUCAUUGUUACUGCUGUUUGUUCAUUCUGUGGUAUAUAUUCCUGUCUCUGAUCAUGUCUCUGUUGUGUUUGACCAACGUAGGCCUUCAGGAAGUUUGAUGAGAUGAACGCCAAGUUGACAGAUCAACUACGCAAGCUGGCUAAACAGGUUACCUUCUUCCAGUCUCCUCUUUUUCUGUCAUCCUAUGUUGUCUGUUUAUCCUGUUAUCCUGUUGAUGUUGUCUGUUUAUCCUGUUAUCCUGUUAAUGCUGUCUGUUUAUCCUGUUGAUGCUGUCUGUUUAUCCUGUUAUCCUGUUGAUGUUGUCUGUGUUUACUGUUAUCCUGUUGAUGUUGUCUGUUUAUCCUGUUUAUCCUGUUAUGUGUCUGUUAUCCGUGUUGUUCAUUGUAUGUUUGUCUGUUAUCCUGUUCUGUUGAAUGUUGUAUUUCUGUUAUCCUGUUCAUGUUGUCUGUUUAUCCUGUAUCAUGUUGAUGUUGUCUGUUUAUCCUGUUGAUGUUGUCUGUUAUUCUGUUAUCCUGUUCAUGUUGUCUGUUUAUCCUGUUAUCCUGUUGAUGUUGUCUGUUUAUCCUGUUAUCCUCUUGAUGUUGUCUGUUUGUCAUGUUAUCCUGUUGAUUUUGUCUGUUAUUGUUAUCUGUUUAUCCUGUUAUCCUGUUGAUGUUGUCUGUUUGUCCUGUUCAUGUUGUCUGUGUAUCCUGUUAUCAUGUUGAUGUUGUCUGUUUAUCCUGUUCAUGUUGUCUGUUUAUCCUGUUAUCCUGUUCAUGUUGGCUGUUUAUCCUGUUCAUGUUGUCUGUUUAUCCUGUUAUCCUCUUGAUGUUGUCUGUUUAUGAUGUUAUCAUGUUAUCCUGUUGAUGUUGUCUGUUUAUCCUGUUAUCCUGUUGAUGUUGUCUGUUUAUCCUGUUGAUGUUGUCUGUUUAUCCUGUUAUCCUGUUGAUGUUGUCUGUUUAUCCUGUUGAUGUUGUCUGUUUGUCCUGUUGAUGUUGUCUGUUUGUCUUGUUGAUGUUGUCUGUUUAUCCUGUUAUCCUGUUGAUGUUGUCUGUCUAUCCUGUUAUCCUGUUGAUGUUGUCUGUUUAUCCUGUUCAUGUUGUCUGUUUAUCCUGUUCAUGUUGUCUGUUUAUCCUGUUAUCCUGUUGAUGUUGUCUGUUUAUUACCUGUUGAUGUUGUCUGUUUAUCCUGUUAUCCUGUUGAUGUUGUCUGUUUAUCCUGUUCAUGUUGUCUGUUUAUCCUGUUAUGGUUGUCUUUUAUCUGUUAUCUUGUUGAUGUUGUCUGGUUAUCCUGUUCAUGUUGUCUGUUUAUCUAUCCUGUUCAUGUUGUCUGUUUAUCCUGUUCAUGUUGUCUGUUUAUCCUGUUUCAUGUUGGUCUGUUUAUCCUGUUCUGUGUUGUUAUCUGUUCUGUGUCUGUUUAUCCUGUUCAUGUUGUCUGUUUAUCCUGUUCAUGUUGUCUGUUUAUCCUGUUAUCCUCUUGAUGUUGUCUGUUUAUCAUGUUAUCCUGUUGAUGUUGUCUGUUAUUGUUAUCUGUUUAUGUUUCGUCUGUUGAUGUUGUCUGUUUAUCCUGUUCAUGUUGUCUGUGUAUCCUGUUAUCAUGUUGAUGUUGUCUGUUUAUCCUGUUGAUGUUGUCUGUUUGUCCUGUUGAUGUUGUCUGUUUGUCCUGUUGAUGUUGUCUGUUUAUCCUGUUAUCCUGUUGAUCCUGUUGUGUUUCUGUCUUAUCCUGUUGUUAUCCUGUUGAUGUUGUCUGUUAUCGUAUCCUGUUGAUGUUGUCUGUUUAUAUCCUGUUCAUGUUGUCUGUUUAUCUGUUAUCCGUUUCAUGUUGUCAUCUUUAUAUCCUGUUCAUGUUGUCGUUUAUCCUGUUAUCCUGUUAUGUUGUCUGUUUAUCCGUCUGUUAUCCUGUUGAUGUGUCGUUAUCCUGUAUCUGUUGAUGUUGUCUGGUUAUCCUGCAUUGAUGUUCCUGUUCAUGUUGUCUGUUUAUCCUGUUCAUGUUGUCUGUUUAUCCUGUUGAUGUUGUCUGUUUAUCCUGUUAUCCUGUUCAUGUUUCUGUUAUCCUGUGUCCGUUUGUUUCUGUUUAUCCUUCCUGUUAUGUGUUUAUCCUGUUAUCCUGUUCAUGUUGUCUGUUUAUCCUGUUAUCCUGUUCAUGUCUGUUUAUCCUGUUCAUGUUGUCAGUUUAUCCCGUUCAUGUUGUCUGUUUAUCCUUAAAACCAGACUUGGACCACACACCCACUCCACUAAAUAGCAGGCUAGUGAUUGCUUUGCAAUGAUUGCAGUUAGCCACUGAUUCCUUCCAAACCACUCAUUGUAGAAUUUGCGAUUUCCAACUUGUUGUGUAAUGUUUAUGUCCAAUGGCCGAUGGCCGAUGAGCACCGAUACGUUUGAUCUAUAAUUUCUCUUCAUUAUUUCUCUUCAUAUGACAAGAUUGAAAAGGAUUUGGCAGUAGAUUGUCGACUUGAUUCAUGAUGAUGACUGCUAGCUUAAGAUUUUGAAAGUAUGAUGUUGACAUGAUCAGUCCAAUCAAAGCUACAGUAGAUAGAACGUGAUUUGACAUCAUUUUAUCUGUGGCCAAUGACCUUGAGCCUUCUUGGAUGGGCACUUCUAGCAUAACUCUAUGGCAGCAUCCAAGGGGUGUCACGGAUUCUGCCGAGACUGCUCUUCCUUCUGGCUCUGGCAGGCUUCGGCGUUCGUCGUCACCGGAGUACUAGCUGCUGCCGCUCUAUGUUAUAGGUUUCUAUGUUCACUUGAUUGUUGUCUGUUGUUGCACACCUGUUCUCCAUUAUGUUAGUUUGUCUGCCUAUUUAACAUGUUCACAUCCACUGUUUGGUGUGCGUGUUUAUUGUAUGGUACGAGUGUCAUUUUGUGAGCGGGUUUUGCUCCUCCUUUGUUGUUUGGAGGGGUUUUCCUUGUAUUUCUUUACUACUCAGUAAAGUGGUUCUUCAUCUCAUUCUGUGUCCUGCGCUUGACUCUGGCCUACCGCAUUCCACUGACAUUCGUGACAGAAACACGCACCACUAUGGAGUCAGCAGGAGCAGCCGGAGUAACCGAGACGAUGGAGGAACGAGUCCAACGUCAGAAAAGAAUGAUUCAGACUCUCGGGGUCACCAUGGAACGAGUAUUCCAGACAAUGGAACGAUGGGAGAGAGGUGGUAUUCCGUCACCAUCUCCAACCACUCAACCACCUACAACACUGUUCACCGCUUCGCCAUCUGGGUCCAGUGGGAUUCGGCUCUCGCUCCCGAGGGCAUAUGACAGAACACCUGCCGGGUGCCAGGGAUUUCUCCUCCAGGUCGAGCUGUACCUGGCCACCAUUCACCCGGCGCCCUCGGGAUACGAGAGCGUGUACGCCCUCAUCUCCUGUCUAUCGGGGAAGGCGCUGGAAUGGGCCAACGCUGAGUGGGGAGGAAUAGACGCAAGUACUGUCCACUACGAGGAUUUCACCCGCCGCUUCCGGGCGGUAUUCGAUCAUCCACCAGAGGGGAGGGAGGCGGGUGAACAUCUGUUCCACCUACGACAGGAGAUGAGGAGCGCGCAGGAGUUCACGCUGGAGUUCAGAACUUUAGCAGCCAGCGCGGGAUGGAAUGAGAGGGCCCUGAUCGACCAUUAUCGCUGCAGCUUAAGGGAGGACGUCCGUCGGGAGCUGGCCUGCAGGGACACCGAUCUCACCCUGGACCAACUGGUGGACAUGUCCAUCAGGUUGGAUAACCUGUUGGCAGCCCGCGGACGUUCUGAUCGGGGGCCGUCCAUUCCAUCCCCCAGCACCUCCGAGUCUACACCCAUGGAGCUCGGAGGUGCUGCGGUUAGGGAGACGGGGAGAGGGACCGUCCCCUGCACCAACUGUGGCCGCAGAGGACACACUGCUGGUCGGUGCUGGGGAGGGUCCUCAGGAGGUCGAGGCAGCAGGCAGGGCACUGGUCGACCGUCUCAGGUGAGUAGGCACCCGACUCCCCCAGAGCCUCCUGUUGCUAAUUUGUGUAUAGAUAUUGUUUUCCCAGAAGUUUCCCCCCAUUCCCAGCAUAAGGCGCUAGUAGAUUCAGGCACGGCUGGGAAUUGUAUUGAUCGCCAGUAUGCUCGUAGUUUAGGGAUUCCUACGGUGUCUGUUGAUAAACCUUUCCCUGUGCCCGCCUUAGAUAGUCGCCCGUUAGGGUCAGGCAUAAUCAGGGAGGUCAUCACCCCACUUCUGAUGAGGACGCAGGGGGGUCAUGAGGAGAGGAUUAGCCUCUAUCUGAUUGAUUCUCCUGCGUAUCCUGUGGUGUUGGGACUUCCCUGGUUAACCAUUCAUGACCCCACGAUUUCAUGGCAACAGAGGGCUCUUAAGGGAUGGUCUGGUCAGUGUUCAGGGAGGUGUGUAGGAGUUUCCUUGGGGGCAACUACGGUGGAGAGUCCAAACCAGGUUUCCACUAUGCACAUUCCUGCCGAGUAUGCCGAUUUGGCUAUCGCCUUCAGUCAGAAGAGGGCGACUAAAUUACCACCUCAUCGUCCGGGGGAUUGCGCGAUAAAUCUCCAGGUAUGAGCUGCACUUCCCCGGAGUCACGUGUAUCCUUUGUCUCAGGAGGAGAGGGAGGCUAUGGAGACAUAUGUCACCGAGUCUCUAAGACAGGGAUACAUUCGGCCAUCCACUUCACCUGUCUCCUCAAGAUUCUUUUUUGUGAAGAAGAAGGAUGGUGGUUAACGCCCGUGCAUUGAUUACCGUGGCUUAAAUCAGAUUACCAUCAAGUACAGCUAUCCAUUACCCCUGAUAGCUAGUAUGACGGAAUCAUUGCAUGGGGCACGCUUCUUCACAAAAUUGAAUCUCAGGAGCGCGUACAACCUAGUGCGUAUCCGGGAGGGAGAUGAGUGGAAGACGGCAUUUAGUACCACCUCUGGACAUUAUGAGUAUCUUGUCAUGCCAUACGGGUUAAUGAAUGCUCCAUCAGUCUUCCAAUCAUUUGUGGAUGAGAUUUUCAGGGACCUGCACGGACAAGGGGUAGUGGUGUAUAUUGAUGACAUACUUAUAUACUCCACUACAAGGGCCGAGCAUGUGUCCCUGGUGCGUAAAGUGCUUGAAAGACUGAGAGCAUGACCUGUAUGCUAAGGCAGAGAAAUGCCUGUUCUUUCAGGAGUCCAUCUCCUUCCUAGGGUACCACAUGUCCGCGUCUGGGGUGAAGAUGGAGAGUGACCGCGUUUCGGCCGUGCGUAAUUGGGCGACUCCAAGCACGGUAAAGGAGGUGCAGCGUUUCUUGGGGUUUGCCAACUACUACCGGAGGCUUAUCCGGGGCUUUGGUCAGGUAGCGGCUCCCAUUACCUCGUUGCUGAAGGGGGGACCGGUGUGUCUGCGGUGGUCAGCUGAGGCGGACAGGGCUUUUAGUCGCCUGAAGGAGCUGUUUACCUUGGCUCCAGUGCUGGCUCAUCCGGAUCCCUCCUUGGCCUUCACGGUUGAGGUGGAUGCAUCCGAGGCUGGGAUAGGCGCUGUACUUUCCCAGCGCUCGGGCACGCCACCCAAGCUCCGCCCCUGUGCUUUCUUUUCGAAGAAGCUCAGCCCGGCGGAGCGCAACUAUGAUGUGGGGGACCGGGAGUUGUUGGCGGUGGUCAAAGCCCUGAAGGCGUGGAGACAUUGGCUUGAGGGGGCUAAACACCCUUUUCUCAUUUUGACUGACCACCGCAAUCUGGAGUACAUCCGAGUGGCGAAGAGGUUAAACCCUCGCCAGGCAAGGUGGUCCAUGUUUCUAACCCGUUUUGUUUUCACCCUUUCUUACAGACCGGGCUCCCAGAAUGCUAAGGCAGAUGCUCUGUCCCGACUGUAUGACACGGAGAAGAGUUCCGUGGAGCCCACUCCCAUACUUCCGGCGUCGUGUCUGGUGGUGUGGGAGGUUGACACGGACAUCGAGCGGGCGUUACGUAGCGAACCCUCUCCUCCCCAGUGUCCAAAGGGUCGUAAGUACGUACCGCUAGAGGUCCGCGAUCGUUUGAUUUAUUGGGCUCACAUGUCACCCUCCUCUGGUCAUCCUGGCAUCAGUCGGACAGUGACCUGUCUUAGUUGGAAGUACUGGUGGCCCACCUUAGCCAAGGACGUGAGGUUUUAUGUUUCCUCCUGCUCGGUGUGCGCCCAGUGUAAGGCUCCUAGACACCUGCCUAGAGGGAAAUUACAACCCCUACCCGUUCCACAACGACCGUGGUCCCACCUAUCGGUGGAUUUUAUGACUGAUCUUCCUCCCUCAAGGGGGAACACAACCAUCCUGGUUUUCUAAGUCCUGUCGCCUCCUUCCUCUGCCGAGGCCCUGCUUACACACGUCUUCCGGCACUACGGGGUGCCUGAGGAUAUAGUGUCUGAUCGGGGUCCCCAGUUCACCUCAAGGGUGUGGAGGGCGUUCAUGGAACAGUUGGGGAUCUCGGUUAGCCUUACCUCAGGUUUUCACCCCGAGAGUAACGGGCAGGUGGGAGAGAAUUAACCAGGAGGUGGGUAGGUUUCUGAGGUCGUAUUGCCAGGACCGGCGAGGGGAGUGGUCGGUUUUCCUACCCUGGGCAGAGAUGGCUAUAAACUCCAACCGCCACUCCUCAACUGACCUCAUACCAUUCCAGUGUGUGUUAGGUUAUCAGCCGGCCCUGGCACCAUGGCAUCAGAGCCAGAUCGAGGUACCUGCGGUGGACCAGUGGGUUCGGCGCUCGCAGGAGACCUGGGACGCUACACAUGAACGCCUGCAGCGGCCCAGCAGGCGUCAGAAGGCGAGCGCCGACCGCUACCGCAGUGAAGCUCCGGUGUAUGCACCGGGGUACCGGGUCUGGCUCUCGACCCGAAACCUGCCCCUUCGCCUGCCCUGCCGGAAGUUGGGUAGGCGGUUUGUGGGCCCAUUUAAAGUCCUGAGGAGAUUGAACGAGGUAUGUUAUAGGUUACAACUUCCUGUUAAUUAUCGUAUUAACCCCUCGUUCCAUGUGUCUCUCCUCAGGCCGGUGGUAGCUGGUCCACUCCAGGAAUCUGAGAUACGGGAGGUUCCUCCGCCCCCACUGGACAUCGAGGGGGCACCGGCGUACUUGGUCCGUUCCAUCCUGGAUUCGAGGUGUCGGGUGGGGGGCCUGCAGUAUCUCGUGGAGUGGGAGGGAUACGGUCCGGAGGAGCGGUGCUGGGUUCCUAGGAGGGAUAUCCUCGAUCCCUCCUUGUUGAGAGAAUUCCAUCAGAACCAUCCCACUAGCGCCGCGUCCUCCUGGCCGUCCCCGAGGCCGGGGUCGAUGCACGACUGGAGCCGCGCGUUACUGUCACGGAUUUAGCCGAGACUGCUCUUCCUUCUGGCUCGGGCAGGCUUCGGCGUUCGUCGUCACCGGAGUGCUAGCUGCUGCCGCUCUAUGUUAUAUGUUUCUAUGUUCACUUGAUUGUUGUCUGUUGUUGCACACCUGUUCCCCAUUAUGUUAGUGUGUCUGCCUAUUUAACCUGUUCACGUCCACUGUUUGGUGUGCAUGUUUAUUGUAUGGUACGAGUGUCAUUUUGUGAGCGGGUUUUGCUCCUCCUUUGUUGUUUGGAGGGUUUUUCCUUGUAUUUCUUUACUACUCAGUAAAGUGGUUCUUCAUCUCAUUCUGUGUCCUGCGCUUGACUCUGGCCUACCGUAUUCCACCGACAUUCGUGACAAGGGGCUUGAAUUUUUUCGAGCUCUCUGCCCCACCUGCCCUGAAUGGCGGGGCGCCACUGUGUUAUUAUUGGAGAGAACAACAUGCAUUAAAUUGCAAUAAUAAAGCAUCCAUUCCAAACCCUGUUUGUCCACAGUCAACAACAGGAAGCCAGGCUAGCCCGUAACCUGUGUGUAAUCUUUGUCUCUAAGGUGCAGGAAGCCAGGCUAGACCGUGAUAACGAAGCCUUGAAGAAGACCCUCCAGGACUACGAUGAGAUGGUGGAGAAGUGAGUAGACCCUGCCCCUACUGAGUAUUCUCCUGUCUGAUUGGUGGCGUACCUCACCUUUCUCUUCCCUGAUUGGUGGCUUACCUCACCUACUCUGCUGGUUGGUCAGUUUGGUCCAUUAUUCUUCCUGAUCAGUGGCUGGUCUGGCCCUUCUCCAUUUCUGAUUGUCUGAAUGGUACAUUACCUCUACUUCCAUAUUGGUGCCUUGACCUCACCCAGGCUAAGAUCUACUGGUAUAUAACUGGUAUAUAACUGUUGUCCUAUCUUGUAGGUACAUCCCAGUGCUGAUGACCCAGGCUAAGAUCUACUGGUAUAUAACUGUUGUCCUAUCCUGUAGGUACAUCCCAGUGCUGAUGGCCCAGGCUAAGAUCUACUGGUAUAUAACUGUUGUCCUAUCCUGUAGGUACAGUACCAGUCAAACGUUUGGACACACCUACUCAUUCCAGGGUUUUUCUUUAUUUUUACAAUUUUUUUACAUUGUAGAAUAAUAGUGAAGACAUCAAAACUAUGAAAUAACACAUAUGGAGUCAUGUAGUAACCAAAAAAGUGUUAAACAAAUGAAAAUAUAUUGUAUAUUUGAGAUUCUUCAAAUAGCCACACUUUGCCUUGAUGACAGCUUUGCACACUCUUGGCAUUCUCUCAACCAGCUUCAUGAGGUAGUCACCUGGAAUGCAUUUCAAUUAACAGGUGUGCCUUGUUAAAAGUUAAUUUGUGGAAUUUCUUUCCUUCUUAAUGCGUUUGAGCCAAUCAGUUGUGUUGUGACAAAAUUUCAGUCAGUGCAGUCGUAAAACCCAUCAAGUGCUAUGAUGAAACUGGGUCUCAUGAGGACCGCCACAGGAAAGGAAGAUCCAGAGUUACCUCUGCUGCAGAGGAUAAGUUCAUUAGAGUUAACUGCACCUCAGAUUGCAGCCCAAAUAAAUGCUUCACAGAGUUCAAGUAACAGACACAUCUCAACAUCAACUGUUUAGAGGAGACUGCGUGAAUCAGGCCUUCACGGUCGAAUUUCUGCAAAGAAACCACUACUAAAAGACACCAAUAAGAAGAAGAGUCUUGAUUGGGCCAAGAAACACGAGCAAUGGACAUUAGACUGGUGGAAAUCUGUCCUUUGGUCUGAUGAGUCCAAAUUUGAGAUUUUUGGUUCCAACCGUCGUGUCUUUGUGGUUCCCACCGUGAAGCAUGGAGGAGGAGGUGUGAUGGUGUGGGGGUGCUUUGCUGGUGACACUGUCUGUGAUUUAUUUAGAAUUCAAGGCACACUUAACCAGCAUGGCUACCACAGCAUUCUGCAGCGAUACGCCAUCCCAUCUGGUUUGCGCUUAGUGGGACUAUCAUUUGUUUUUCAACAGGACAAUGACCCAAAACACACCUCCAGGCUGUGUAAGGGCUAUUUGAGACCAAGAAGGAGAGUGAUGGAGUGCUGCUUCAGAUGACCUGGCCUCCACAAUCACCCGACCUCAACCCAAUUGAGAUGGUUUGGGAUGAGUUGGACCGCAGAGUGAAGGAAAAGCAGCCAACAAGUGCUCAGCAUAUGUGGGAACUCCUUCAAGACUGUUGGAAAAGCAUUCCAAGUGAAGUGAAGCAUUCUACCACUCUAAAUUCCAAGCAUCUGCCUCUAACCCUAGGAUGCUCUUUGCCACCUUCUCUUCCCUGCUGAAUCCUCCUCCCCCUCCCCCCCCUCCUCCCUCUCUGUGGAUGACUUCGUCAACCAUUUUGAAAAGAAGGUUGUCGACAUCCGAUCCUCGUUUGUUAAGUCAAAUGACACUGCUGGUCCUGCUCACACUGCCCUACCCUAUGCUUUGACUUCUUUCUCCCCUCUCUCUCCAGAUGAAAUCUUGCGACUUGUGGCGGCCGGCCGCCCAACAACCUGCCCGCUUGACCCUAUCCCCUCCUCUCUUCUCCAGACCAUCUCCGGUGACCUUCUCCCUUACCUCACCUCGCUCAUCAACUCAUCCUUGACCGCUGGCUAUGUCCCUUCCGUCUUCAAGAGAGCGAGAGUUGCACCCCUUCUCAAAAAACCAACACUCGAUCCCUCUGAUGUCAACAACUAUAGACCAGUAUCCCUUCUUUCUUUUCUCUCCAAAACUCUUGAGCGUGCCGUCUUUAGCCAACUCUCUUGCUAUCUCUCUCAGAAUGACCUUCUUGAUCCAAACCAGUCAGGUUUCAAGACUGGUCAUUCAACUGAGACUGCUCUUCUCUGUGUCACGGAGGCUCUCCGCACUGCUAAAGCUAACUCUCUCUCCUCUGCUCUUGUCCUUCUAGACCUGUCUGCUGCCUUUGAUACUGUGAACCAUCAGAUCCUCCUCUCCACCCUCUCCGAGUUGGGCAUCGCCGGCGCGGCUCACUCUUGGAUUGCGUCCUACCUGACCGGUCGCUCCUACCAAGUGGCGUGGCGAGAAUCUGUCUCCGCACCACGUGCUCUCACCACUGGUGUCCCCCAGGUCUCAGUUCUAGGCCCUCUCCUAUUCUCGCUAUACACCAAGUCACUUGGCUCUGUCAUAUCCUCACAUGGCCUCCUAUCAUUGCUGCGCAGACGACACACAACUAAUCUUCUCCUUUCCCCCUUCUGAUAACCAGGUGGCGAAUCGCAUCUCUGCAUGUCUGGCAGACAUAUCAGUGUGGAUGACGGAUCACCACCUCAAGCUGAACCUCGGCAAGACGGAGCUGCUCUUCCUCCCGGGGAAGGACUGCCCGUUCCAUGAUCUCGCCAUCACGGUUGACAACUCCGUUGUAUCCUCCUCCCAGAGUGCCUGCUGGCCCCCCUACCUCUGCGGAAGCACAGUUCCCGCUCAGCCCAGUCAAAACUGUUUGCUGCUCUGGCACCCCAAUGGUGGAACAAGCUCCCUCACGACGGCAGGACAGCGGAGUCACUCACCACCUUCCGGAGACACUUGAAACCCCACCUCUUUAAGGAAUACCUGGGAUAGGAUAAAGUAAUCCUUCUACCCCCCCCCCCCCCCCCCCCCCCAAAAAAAAAAUGUUAAAAAAUAAAACAUAUUGUAAAGUGGUUAUCCCACUGGCUAUAAGGUCAAUGCAACAAUUUGUAAGUCGCUCUGGAUAAGAGCGUCUGCUAAAUGACGUAAAUGUAAAUUAUGUAAUGAAGCUGGUUGAGUGAAUGCCAAGAGUGUGCAAAGCUGUCAUCAAGGCAAAGGGUGGCUACUUUGAAGAAUCUAAAAUGUAAAAUAUAUUUUGAUUUGUUUAACACUUUUUGGGUUACUACAUGAUUCCAUAUGGGUUAUUUCAUAGUUUUGAUGUCUUCACUAUUAUUCUACAUUGUAGAAAAUAGUACAAAUAAAGAAAAACCCUUGAAUGAUUAGGUGUGGCCAAACCUUUGACUGGUACUGUACAUCCCAGUGCUGAUGACCCAGGCUAAGAUCUACUGGUAUAUAACUGUUGUCCUAUCCUGUAGGUACAUCCUAGUGCUGAUGACCCAGGCUAAGAUCUACUGGUAUAUAACUGGUAUAUAAACUGUUGUCCCGUCUUGUAGGUACAUCCCAGUGCUGAUGGCCCAGGCUAAGAUCUAUUGGUAUAUAACUGGUAUAUAACUGUUGUCCCGUCCUGUAGGUACAUCCCAGUGCUGAUGGCCCAGGCUAAGAUCUACUGGAACAGGGAGAACUACCAGAUGGUUGAGAAGAUCUUCCGUAAGUCGGUGGAGUUCUGUAACGAACACGACACCUGGAAGCUCAACGUGGCUCACGUGCUCUUCAUGCAGGAGAACAAGUACAAGGAGGCCAUUGGCUUCUACGAACCCAUCGUUAAGAAACACUACGACAACGUGAGUUAACUAGAGAGGGAGGGAUCACAUACAAUACCAUUUGAAUGUGCACGGCCCGCCUUAGAUGGUUCUGUUCAGAAAUCCCCUGUAGUGGACUACUGUUGACCAUAGCCGUAUAGACUACAGGAGAAUAGGAGGUGUUGAAAUGAAACAUGUCUCUGUUUCCAUUCCCCCUGCUGGCUACAUAGCUGGAACAGUGUAACAUACAGGAGUGUCCCUGCCAACGUAAACCCUCGGUAACACACACACACACACCCACGCCCCUGUACCCCAGUCUCACCACUGGUGGCAGAGGGCAGUGACUCUGAAUGCAGUGGUCAGUCUCACACCUGGGCUAAGUCCCAAAUGGCACCAUAUUCCCUACAAAGUGCACUACUUUUGCCCAUUGCCCAUAGCACUCUGGUCAAAGGUAGUGCACUAUGUAGGGAAUAGGGUGCCAUUGGGGACUCUCUGAUUGCUGUGUCUCAUCUCGCAGAUACAUUUGUGUUUUCUUUUUCUGGAUGAUAAGUGUUGAAUAUCCACAGUUUUUACCACGCAGGUCGCCCUUACUCCCAAAUGUUCUUCUGACUGAUCUCUGACUGAUUUGACUGAUCCUCUUCUCUUCUCCUCUCUCUCCUCUCUCCUCUCCUCACCUCUCCAUCGAACGCUCUCCUCUCCUCGUCUACUCAGAUCGCUCUCAAUCCCCUCAUCUCUCUCUCUCUCGUCUCUCUCCUCUCUCUCUCUGCUCGUACUAUCUCACUCCGCUCUCCCGUCUCUCACUCCUCCCUCAUCCUCUCCCUCUCUUCACUCAAUCUCUCUCAUCUAUCUCCUCUGCAAUCUCUCCCUCUUCUCAUCCAUUUCUCGUCUCUCUCAUCUCUCCUCUCAUGCCCUCAGUCACCGUUCUCUCCAUACGAUCCACGAUCUUCGUCUCCUCGCCUCGCCCUUCCUCGCUCAGUAGUAUCGCCCAGACCGAGUGACAGUCUCUCCACUCGUGCAACUCGCUCCCCCCCCCGUCAGCUCAGAACUCUCGCCCUCGUGCCAUAGGACAGUGUUUCGGGUUGGGGAUCUGUUCGCUCUCGAGUCUCUCCCCUUGCUCCCGUCCUCCAAUCUGAGACUCCACGUCCCUCCGUUGGCACUCUCUCCCCGGCUCUCGUCUCUCAUCGUCGUCUCCAAUGCUGGAUCGGCGGUACAGGGUCUCUCACUCGUUCCUUGCCCUUCUCACCUUCUCCCUACGCUCGUCCCUGCCCGACAAUCCGCUCCCGAUCUCGUCGUCGGAUCGUCUUUCCCCACUCUCUGCUCUCUCUCUCUUUUUCUCUCAUGCCCUCCUGUUCCUUGGGGCCGCUGUACUGGCUAACCUGUUUGUGUGCCGAUCUCAUGACCAGCCAGAACGAAAGAGGUAUGAGUAGUGUGUGAAGUAUAAAGCACAGUGUAACAUCUGAGCCCACCAGUGUUCUUGUAACGCUGUUCUCCUCAGGCUGAAGAACUGAUGAGGAAGAUAGAAAAAGAGGAAGAGGAGCUCUCCUACGACGACCCCGAUAAGAAAGUCUUCCACCUCUGUAUAGUCAACCUGGUUAUAGGGUGAGUUGUAUUUACAUGGUAAAGGCGUUCAGCGUUGUAGUGGAGGGUGAACUUACGGAAACGCUGUUUACCCACCUUUUGGGGCAAAAUGCAUUGAAAGUGUAGGGAGCUUUGGGGCAAAAUGCAUUGAAAGUGUAGAGAGCUUUACUUCACUCACUGUGUAGAGUGAUCAGAGUUUACCCACCUAUUGUUUUAACACUACAUCACAGGUACAGUGUUACUACAGUGUGUUAAUGAAUAGUGUUUCUAUCUCUCUUCCAGGACCCUGUACGGUGUUAAUAGUGUUUAUAUAUCUCUUCCAGGACCCUGUACUGUGUUAAUAGUGUUUAUAUCUCUCUUCCAGGACCCUGUACUGUGUUAGUGUUUAUCUCUCUUCCAGGACCCUGUACUGUUUUAAUAGUGUUUAUAUCUCUCUUCCAGGACCCUGGACUGUGUUAAUAGUGUUAAUGUCUCUUCCAGGACCCUGUACGGUGUUAAUAGUGUUUAUAUAUCUCUUCCAGCCCGGUACUGUGUUACUAUUGUUUGCUCUCUCCAGGACCCUGUACGGUGUUAAUAGUGGUUAUAUCUCUCCUCCAUGACACUAUAACUGUGUUAAUAGUGUUUUAUAUAUCUCUUCUCUUCCAGACCUGCACUGUGUUAAUGUGUUUAGAUCACUCUCUUCCAGACCCUUCUGUGUUAAUAGUGUUUUGUCCUUCCAGGACCCUGUAAUUGUUAAUGUGUUUAUAUCUCUCUCCAGGACCCUGUACUGUGUUAUUGUUUUUAUCCCUCUCCAGGACCCUGUACUGUGUUAAUAUUGUUUUAUAUGUUCUUCUUAUCUUCCAGUACCCUGUACUGUGUUAAUAGUGUUUGUCUCUCCAGGACCCUGUACUGUGUUAAUAGUGUUUAUAUCUCUCUUCCAGGACCCUAUACUGUGUUAAUAGUGUUUAUAUAUCUCUUCCAGGACCCUGCACUGUGUUAAAGUGUUUUAUCUCUCUCUUCCAGGACUUGUACUGUGUUAUAGUGUUUAUUGUCUUUUCAGGACCCUGUACUGUGUUAAUAUAGUGUUAUAUCUCUCUUCCAGGACCCUAUACUGUGUUAAUAGUGUUUAUAUAUCUCUUCCAGGACCCUGCACUGUGUUAAUAGUGUUUAUAUCUCUCUUCCAGGACCCUGUACUGUGUUAGGUGUUUAUCUCUCUUCCAGGACCCUGUACUGUGUUAGUGUUUAUCUCUCUUCCAGGACCCUGUACUGUGUUAAUAGUGUUUAUGUUUCUUCCAGGACCCUGUACUGUGUUAAUAGUGUUUUCUCUUCCAGGACCCUGUACUGUGUUAAUAGUGUUUAUAUCUCUCUUCCAGGACCCUAUACUGUGUUAAUAGUGUUUUAUAUAUCUCUUCCAGGACCCUGCACUGUGUUACUAGUUUCUUAUAUCAUCUCGUCUUCCAGGACCCUGUUACUGGUGUUAGUGUAUUAUCUCCUCCUUCCAGGACCCUGUACUGUAUGUUAUGUUACUCUCUCUCUCGUCCAGGACCCUGUACUGUUUAAAGUGUUUUAGCUGUUUCUUCCCAGGAGACCCUGUAGCUGUGUUAAUAGGGUUUGUCUCUUCCAGGACCCUGUACUUGUUAAUAGUGUUUAUAUCUCUAUUUCCGAUCCAGGACCCUAUACUGUUUAAUAGUGUUUAUAUAUCUCUGUCCCACCUCUUGUUGCCAUGACCCGCACAUGUGUUAAUGGUGUUUAUUCUCUCUUCCAGACCCUGUACUGUGGUAUAUGUUUUAGUCCUCUUCCAGACCCUGUACGUGUUUAAUAUGUUUGUCUCUUCAGGACCCUGUACUGUGUUAAGAGUGUUUUGUCUCUUCCAGACCACCUGUACUGUUUUAGUGUUUAGCUCUCUUCCAGGACCCUAUACUUACUGUGGUACAUAUGUGUUCACAUAUAUCCUCUUUCCCGGACCACCGCACUGUGUUAAUGGUGUUUAUAUCUACUCUUCCAGGACCUAUAUAACUGUGUUCAGGAUGUGCUUUUUAUAUCUCUUUUCCUCCAGGACCCUCACUGUGUUAAUAGUGUUUGUCCCGUCCAGGGACCCUUACUGUGUAAUAGUGUUUGUCUGGUUUCCAUGACCCUGUACUGUGUUAGUGUUUAUAUCUCUCUUCCAGGACCCUGUAUGUGUUUAAUAGUGUUUAUAUCUCUCUUCCAGAUCCUGUACUGUGGUUAGUGUUUAUCUCUCUUCCAGGACCUGUUACUGUGUUAAUAGUGUUUAAUAUUAUAGCUCUCUUCCAGGAGACCCUGUACUGUGUUAAUCGUGUUUAUGUCUCUUCCAGGACCCUGUACGGUGUUAAUAGUUUUUAUAUGUCUCUUCCAGAAACCAUGUACUGUGUUUAUGUGUUUAUUAUUCCUCUUCCAGACCCUGUACGGUGUUAAUAGUGUUGGUCUCUUCCAGGACCCCUGUACUGUGUUAAUAGUGUUUAUAUCUCUCUUCCAGGACCUGUACGUUUUGAGUGUUUAUCUCUCUUCCCAGGACCUGGACUGUGUAAAGUGUUUAUAUGUCGCUGUCCAUGAACCCUUACUGUGUUCUAGUGUUUAGAUCUCUUCCCUUCCAGAUCCUGUACUGUGUUAUAGUUUUUGUCUUAUGGUCUCUUCCAGGACCCUGGCUGUGUUAAUAGUGUUUAUAUUGUCGCUCCAGGACCCUGGUACUGUGUUAUAGUGUUUAUAUCUCUUCUUCCAGGACCCUGUACUGUGUUUAAUAGUGUUUAUAAUUAUCUCUCCUUCCAGGACUAUAACUGUGCGUUUGUCAUAGUGUUUUAUAUAUGUCUUCCAGGACCCUGCACUGUGUUAAUAGUGUUUAUAUCUCUCUUCCAGGACCCUAUACUGUGUUAAUAGUGUUUAUCUCUCUUCCAGGACCCUGCACUGUGUUAAUAGUGUUUAUAUCUCUCUUCCAGGACCCUGUACUGUGCUAAGGGGAACUACGACUUCGGUAUCACCCGUGUCAUCAAGAGUCUGGAACCGUACAACAAGAAGGUCGGACAUCUUUUUUCUAUCUGGCUGUUCUGGAUCGUUUUUGAAUGUUUCUACCACUUCCAACAACUCACCCCUGACAUACAUGUUGGGGCCGCGUCCCAAAUGACACCCUAUCCCCUAUAUAGUGCACUACUCUGUUUAAAAGUAGUGCACUAUAUAGGGAACAGGGUGCCAUUUGGGACACACAUCCAGAGUGUUUGAUCUAUGUUUAGAUAUCGGCCAACCGAAACAUAACCCAGAGUUCAGCACCAGUGUCCGCUCACUCAGCCCGGCUGAACACACACAGAGUGUCUCUGUAGGAGUGUUGUUGUCAUUCCUAGAACUCUAUGAACCACACACCGAGCUAAACUUCAGCCACUGCACUUCAGCCACGCUCAAGGUCCUAAACGAUAUUAUAACCGCGAUUGAUAAUACACAGUACUGUGCAGCCGUCUUCAUCGACCUGGCCAAGGCUUUCGACUCUGUCAACCACCGCAUUCUUAUUGGCAGACUAAAUAGCCUUGGUUUCUCAAAUGACUGCCUCGCCUGGUUCACCAACUACUUCUCAGAUAGAGUUCAGUGUGUCAAAUCGGAGGGCCUGUUGUCUGGACCUAUGGCAGUCUCUAUGGGGGUGCCACAGGGUUCAAUUCUUGGGCCGACACUUUUCUCCGUGUAUAUCAAUGAUGUCGCUCUUGCUGCUGGUGACUCUCAGAUCCACCUCUACGCAGACGACACCAUUUUGUAUACAUCUGGCCCUUUAUUGGACACUGUGUUAACAAACCUCCAAACGAGCUUCAAUGCCAUACAACACUCCUUCAGUAGCCUCCAACUGCUCUUAAACACUAGUAAAACUAAAUGCAUGCUUUUCAAUCGAACGCUGCUGGCACCCGCCCACCCGACUAGAAUCACCACUCUCGACGGGUCUGACCUAGAGUAUGUGGACAACUACAAAUACCUAGGUGUCUGGUUAGACUGUAAACUCUCCUUCCAGACUCACAUAAAGAAUCUCCAAUCCAAAGUUAAAUCUAGAAUCGGCUUCCUAUUUCGCAACAAAGCCUCCUUCACUCAUGCUGCCAAACAUGCCCUCGUAAAACUGACUAUCCUACCGAUCCUUGACUUCGGCGAUGUCAUUUACAAAAUAGCCUCCAACACUCUACUCAGCAAAUUGGAUGUAGUCUAUCACAGUGCCAUCCGUUUUGUCUCCAAAGCCCCAUACACUACCCACCACUGUGACCUGUACGCUCUUGUUGGCUGGUCCUCACUACAUGUUCGUCGUCAAACCCACUGGCUCCAGGCCAUCUAUAAAUCACUGCUAGGCAAAUCCCCGCCUUAUCUUAGCUCAUUGGUCACCAUAGCAGCACCCACCCGUUAGUCUGCGCUCCAGCAGGUAUAUCUCACUGGUCAUUCCCAAAGCCAACACCUCCUUUGGCCGCCAUUCCUUCCAGUUCUCUGCUGCCAAUGACUGGAACGAAUUGCAAAAAUCUCUGAAGCUGGAGACUCUUAUCUCCCUCACUAACUUUAAGCAUCAGUUGUCAGAGCACCUUACCAAUCACUGCACCUGUACACAGCCCAUCUGAAAUUAGCCCACCCAACUACCUCAUCCCUAUAUUGUUAUUUAUUUUGCUCUUUUGCACCCCAGUAUCUCUAUUUGCACAUAAUCUCUUGCACAUCUAGCAUUCCAGUGUUAAUACUAUUGUAAUAAUUUUGCACUAUAGCCUAUUUAUUGCCUUACCUCCAUAACUUGCUACAUUUGCACACACUGUAUAUAUAUUUUCUGUUGUAUUUUUGACUUUAUGUUUUUUACCCCAUAUGUAACUCUGUGUUGUUUUUAUCGCACUGCUUUGCUUUAUCUUGGCCAGGUCGCAGUUGUAAAUGAGAACUUGUUCUCAACUGGCUUACCUGGUUAAAUAAAGGUGAAAUAAAAAAUUAAAAAUUCCGGUAACUUUCCCAACAUUUCCAGCAAUCCUGGUUGGAUGAUACCCAGAAUCAGGAGUGAUUUAAGAAGGAAAUCCCAAAUCGUCUGACCAGGAUUUCAGGAAAACCUGUGCAUUUUUGGUUUGCUUACGGGAGUUUGGCACCCCUAUCCUAUCCUCCUCUCAUGGUUCUCCUCCUGUGUGUGUAGCUGGGAACAGACACCUGGUUCUAUGCUAAGCGCUGUUUCCUGUCUCUGCUGGAAAACAUGGCCAAACACAUGAUCAUGAUCAGGGACUCAGUUGUUCAGGAGUGUAUUCAGUUCCUGGAGCACUGCGAAGGUAAGGACACACACACACACACACACACACACACCACACACACACACACAGUUUAAACACACCAUUUACCCUCCCACGUUCUUACCCACCGUUCGUCUCUCCCUCUCCCUACUCUCUCCCUCUCCCUCUCCCUCUCCCUCUCUCCCCCUCCUCCCUCUCCUCCCUCUUCCUCCCUCCCUCUCUCCCCUCUCUCCCCUCUCCCUCUCCCUCCUCUCUCCCCCCCUCUCUCCCCUUCCUCCCUCUCCUCCCCUCUCUCCCCCCCUCCCUCUCUCUCCCCCCCUCCCUCUCUCCCUGUAGUGUAUGGUAAGACAGAGCCAGCCAUGAUAGAACAGCCACUGGAGGAGGACAGGAUGCACAUAGGAAAGAACACCGUCACCUACGAGUCUCGCCUGCUCAAAGCACUCUUCUACGAGGUCAUCGGAUGGAACCAGUGAUGUCAUACUAGAACAGAACAGAGCCUGUGAUGUCAUCGCACGGAACCCAGUGAUGUCAUCGGACGUAACCAGUAGUGUACACUAAAGACUUUUAAAACCUUUUUUACUCCCCCACCAGUUCAAAUCUAUCAACAUGGACCACAUCACAUUAGUUAUUAUAGUACUGCCCCAUCAGUUCAAAUCUAUCAACAUGGACCACAUCACAUUAGUUAUUAUAGUACUGCCCACUGCAUCAGAUGAAAGUUACAAGCUGUUGUUCUGAUGCUGUUGAGCAUAUUCUAGACUCACUCCUCGUCUCUCACACACACACACACUCACAGCCACACACACACACUCACAUAGUGGGAGAACCCAUGGGGCCUCAUCAAUUUGACCAUCUUUAGUUUAGUUGGGCCCAGAGAACUGUUGACAGACUGAGAAAAACACCUUUCUACAUAUAUUAUUAUUAUUAUUACACUAAACAAAAAUAUAAACGCAAGAUGCAACUAUUUACAGUUUUU